AUGGGAUAAAUCCCUCAAAGUAUUUAAAAGGAGCCAAGUAAUAUUUAAGCUUUAAAAAAUCAAUAUUAACUGGAAUUCAUUAAUUUUAGGCACACAAUUUCAAUAUUAUCUUAUAACAUUUUAGCUGAUAUCUAUUGUGAACAGUCAUAUUUUAGUUAUGCUGAUUUUUAAAAUUUAAAGUUUCUUAAUAGAAGUACUAAAAUUAUUGAUUAAUUGAAAAAUUUCAACGCUGAUAUAUUAUGUUUGCAAGAGGUGGAUAAUAUCGAAUUUUAUCAAGAUAAUAUUAAGAAUCUGCAAUAUGACAUCUGCUACUGUUAAAGACCUUAAAGAUCUGAUGGGUGUUUAAUUGCUUUCAAAAUUGAAAAAUUCAAAAUUCUAAUAUCUUAAGAGUAUUCACUUGAUUAGUUGGCUUUAGAUUAUGGACUUCCUCUUUAAUAUCUAAGGCAGAAUGUAUUUCAAAUUGUCAGAUUGGAACACUUAUUAACAAAAAAGCAAUUCAUAAUAGGAAACAUUCAUACAUUUUGGAAUCCAAACCAAGACGACUUAAAAUUCUUUUAGAUUGUUUAACUUGUUCAAUUCAUGGAAGCAUAAAAAGAAUCGGAAGAUCAAAUACUAAUAUUUUGCGGAGACUUUAAUAGUUUACCCAAAUCGAAUCCAAUUCAAUAUAUAUAAAAAAAUAAUCCAAUUGUUGAAAGAAUAGAAAUGUCUACAAAUUAAAUAAAGCUUCAAAAUGAUAUAUUUUAACAUUAUGGUCCUCCUAAACUAAAUUGGGAAAGUGCAUAUCAUCCAUUUCCUACGUUUACUAAUUAUACUAAUAAUUUUAAAGGUUGUAUUGAUUACAUCUACUAUCAUAAUGCAAAAGUAGAAAAGAUUUUAAGUAUUCCAAAUUAAAGUUUAUUAUAAAAAGAAGUUGCUUUACCAAACAGUAAUUUUCCCAGUGAUCAUGUACCUAUUUUAGCCUAUUUUGAUUUUCAUUGUUGA